AUGGAUAAUUCUUAUUCUUCUUUGCCUCUAGUUGACGGAGAAAUAUUUCAAUUAGAUGAUUACGGCAAUAAAUCUAUAAGAUGUGACUAUGAUGACUCAUCUUCGGGAUACGAAUCAACGGACGUGUCCGAUGUUGAAUCAUUACCUUCCAUGGAGUCACGUGAUAAUAUUGACAUGUCACGUGACAGUCGAAAUAACUUCUUACCAAUAGAUCCGGAAGCGGAAGUUAUGAACUUUCAGUCUAUGCAUGCGUUGUGCGAACAUCUUAAGCUCAUAAUAUCGAUGCCACAAAUGUGUGACGUAACAUUUCUUGUUGGACCACGUGAUGAACCUGUGCAUGGUGUUAGGGCAAUUUUGGGCACACGUAGUCGGGUAAUGUAUCAGCUAUUGUUAAAACACAUGGCGAUGAAUGCCGCUGAAGAGGAAGACAAAACUUCCAAAAAGAAGAAGUCGAAGAAAUUCACAUGCAACCAACCAAUCGGAAUCGGUCGGUCUUUAUCGCAGAGAUUGGUCAUUCCCGUUAAGAAAUACGACCAUGAUGAUGUGUUCCAAAA